UGGUCUUUGCUGUGGCUUCUCUCUUUCUCUCAAUCAUUAUCCUUAGUACAGCGCUGGCUUUGUGGUAUAUGAGACAGGGGCGAAGCUUGAUAAGGCGCAGUUCAGUCAGGAUUUUGCUCCAAGUAGAGGCGGUCUCAAUACCGCUCAGCGUUCUCUUGCUAAUGCGUGGAACAACGCAUGCAAAGCCCGGCCUGGCAUGUCAAAUUGGUGAAUUGGCUCAAUCGUUGGCUGUUUUCGCUAACUUUGCCAGGACCAUACUUUGUCGUCCUGCUCAUGACGGUGAUCAGCGGCCUCUCAUCCGUCAUUGGCAUCAACUUGGUGUGUGUCCUCAUCUUUGGGCUCUCCAUGGAGUAUGAAAAAUGGAUUUAUCUCGCAAUCUAUACGCUGUCCAUCAUUGCACCGACGCCCUCUGUUCUUCUGGGCCACUACGGCUACGACCCUUUGCGUGAUGAUUGUUGGAUCUCUUUGCCGGCGGGCGUCAAACGUACACUCGUGACAGUGUGCUCUGGCUUCCUGGUGCCGUGGAUCUUCGCCACCAUCUCUGUGGGCAGUACGAUUUGGAUCAUCGUCUUUCUCAGCAAGCAUCGUCAAAUCAAUAGGCUCUUUCUGGCUGAUGGCGAGACGAAUCGAACCAAAGUCCGUCGAAUGAUUCUCAAAGUGCUCCUCUUCCCCAUCACCAACACCUUUUUUAUCCUGCUUCUGACGAUAUGCGAGCUGGUUGUAGAUCAGCAAUUGAUUUCACAAAACGGUGGGCACAAAGAAAAUGGAGGUUUGCACUUCAUCAUCGCCAUAGGGGCUGUUAUGACAGCACUCGUGCUUGGCAUCGAGCUCCUGCUUGUGGAUCCAAGCUUUAAUCUGCGUGUCAUUUUGGACGCUUUUCGAAAGGAGGAAGACCUGGAUGAAUGCUCUUCAGCCUCACAAAGAAGCUCUGAGCCACGCGCACGCGUCACGAGCACUAUGGGCAGACUGGCUCUCAGGAUUGAAAAUACAACAUCUGUUGAAAUGGACAUCUUGGAGACCAAAAGUCCCGUUCGGGCGGUUUGAUCACGAUCGCAUCUGCUUUGCGUGAUGACAAGGUUGUCCAGGCCGUCUAGUCGGUUCUUGCAUUAUUACCGCAACCUGUUCUUCUUUUGCGUCUUGCGCCCACUACAUAC